GGUGCUGUGUGAUAGUGGGGUUUGGGUUCGCUUUGUUUGUUUUUGUCAGAUGUGAAUCCAAAUGGAGCACUCGGAAGGAGGCGAGCAGAGCCAGCAGCAGCAGCCCUGGGGGAAGCUGAUCCGGCUGGGUGCUGAUGAGGCAGAGCCGCACGUCUUGCUGCUGAAAAGAGAAUGGACAAUUGGUCGGAAGAAAGGUUGUGACUUAUCUUUCCCUGGCAACAAGUUGGUGUCUGGAGAUCACUGUAAAAUCGUAGUAGAUGAAGAAUCUGGUCAAGUGUCAUUGGAAGAUACAAGUACUAAUGGAACAGUAAUUAAUAAACUGAAAGUGGUUAAGAAGCAGACAUACCCUUUACAGACUGGGGAUGUGAUCUAUGUUGUUUACAGAAAAAAUGAGCCAGAAAACAGUAAAGGGGGAGGUGGGGAAAGCCCUAGAGGGAAUGGGCAGCUGGAUAUGAAUACUGAAACUUCUGCAAUCACUUCAGAAAUCACUGACAAAGAAAAAGCCGAAUCAGAUUCUCAAAGGACAGGGGAGGAGGAAAGUUUGGAACCUGCUAAGAAGAAACUAAAAGGAGAUGAAGAUGCUUGUCCAAAUCUUUCACCAGCAGCUCCAAGUGAAUGUAUAAUUAAAAUUGGCUCUGAAGAUGCAAAAACAUCAAAUGUGAAACCGGAUAAGAUGGAAGAAACGUUAACUUGCAUUAUCUGCCAAGAACUGCUGCAUGACUGUGUAAGCUUGCAGCCUUGUAUGCAUACUUUUUGUGCUGCCUGCUACUCAGGAUGGAUGGAAAGAUCUUCUCUAUGUCCAACUUGUCGUUGUCCAGUAGAACGUAUUUGUAAAAAUCACAUAUUGAAUAACUUGGUUGAAGCUUAUCUGAUUCAGCAUCCAGAUAAGUGUCGUAACGAAGAUGAUGUACGUAGCAUGGAUGCUAGAAACAAAAUUACUCAAGACAUGUUGCAACCUAAGGUGCGGAGAUCUUUUUCAGACGAGGAAGGAAGUUCUGAAGAUUUAUUGGAAUUGUCAGAUGUCGAUAGUGAGUCUUCAGAUAUCAGUCAACCAUAUAUAGUAUGCAGACAGUGCCCAGGGUAUCGAAGACACUCUGUUCCAACUCUGCCUGGCACAGGCCAAGAGACAGAAGCAGGAGGAAUGCAAGCACUGGGAGAUGCACCAUCUACAUCUGCCAACUUUCCUGCAGCUGUCCAGGAAUAUGUGUGUCCUGCUCAAGGAAGCCAUGUAAUAUGCACCUGCUGCUUUCAGCCAAUGCCUGACCGAAGAGCAGAGCGUGAACAGAAUCCUCAUGUUGCUCCUCAGCAAUGUACAGUUUGUCUGCAACCCUUCUGUCAUUUAUACUGGGGCUGUGCUCGGAUGGCAUGUUUUGGCUGUUUGGCACCAUUUUGUGAAAUAAAUCUUGGUGAUAAGUGUUUAGAUGGAGUCCUAAAUAACAACCACUAUGAGUCAGAUAUCCUAAAGGAUUACCUGGCAUCCAGGGGUUUGACAUGGAAAAAUAUGUUAAACGAAAGUCUCUUAGCUCUUCAAAGAGGAGUUUUUAUGUUGUCAGAUUACAGAAUUACUGGGAACACAGUGCUUUGCUACUGUUGUGGCCUUCGCAGCUUUCGAGAACUUGCCUACCAGUACAGGCAGAAUAUUCCUGUUGCUGAAUUGCCAGUGACUGUCACAUCACGUCCUGAUUGCUACUGGGGGCGCAACUGUCGAACUCAGGUCAAAGCACAUCAUGCCAUGAAAUUCAAUCACAUUUGUGAACAAACACGAUUCAAGAACUGAAUACUUGUAGUCUGUAGAGAGGGGACAAAAACCUGUUACACUGCUUGUACAGUUUAAGGUUUCAGGGGAUCUUCUCAGUUCCCCCAUAGCAGGGAAUCAAUAACUUUUGCAUCAGGUAAUCUGGUGUGAACUUUUUAAUUUGUAGGAUUUUACAGCUGUACAUGAAUAAGGUAGAUUCUUUUUUCCAAGAAAGUCCAGCAAGCAUUGCAUUCCAUCCUCAUGAUUGCAGUGUCCCUGUAUCACUUCAGUGAAGAACAAAACAGAAAUCACACACACAAAAACCAGCCAUAUCUUGGGAAGACCUAAGAAUAAGGAGUGUAUUUGCACUACUUGCGAAGAAACUAAGAAAAAUCCUUAGACUUAAAAUAGAAAUGUUUUGUAAAAUUAUCUGAUGGAUAUUUCAAGAGCCAUUAAUAUUUAAGAAGGAAAUUGUCAGUGUAUAUUUGUAACUGCGUUUUGCGGUAGUCUGAUAUUUUGUCGCUACCCAUUGCAUUUGGGCUAGAAACCAUGUUAAUAUUCACUUUAAAAAAAUAUUCCGUCCGUUAAACAGCUGUUUCAACUUAAAGCUUCUACCAUAUGUGCAGUGUUGUAGUGGAAGCAGUACAGUUUCUUUUCUUAGUUUAGUCGUGUUGAUGUUUUAUUCACGUUAAAUUGCAAAAAUAAUUGCACAAAAAUUUGAAAAUCACAUUUAAACUUGGGGUAAUACUUGAAGCAGAACAGACUUCUGCUAAUAUUACUUCUUUAGUGUUUUAUAUCAGAAGACCAAACAGUGCUUUUGACAUAGAGCAGCCAGUAGGACACACUGGUUCAUUUUUUGUAUUUCUUUUUUGGUUGGAUACCGUAUGCUAAAUAUGUACCUCUGCCAUGCAGCUGUUCUCUAGCAUGCAUACACUGGUGAAAAUGUAGAAAAAGCUAUAAUUUAAAACAGAAUACAGCAGCUUUACUGGAAGGAACAAUCUUACAGGAAAUAAUUCAGUUUGGACAAAUUGUAGCAAUAUGGAGGCAUUUCUGGAUAGGGAUGAUGAAGGGGAACACUGGUGUCACUGACAUAAAAAAAUGUAGAUUUUUAUUUUCAUGCCUUCUGCAGAGUUUGUUCAGAAAAUGUCCCAAGCAUUGUUUU